UUUCCAGUGAAUCACCGAAAUUAGCCCACACGAUGCAGAAGCCCACUGGAGUGCCCGUGUGGGUGAGUCACACGCCCACACCAGAAAGUAGCGCGGCCAACGAUGACUCCACAAGCAGCACAUCCAGUGCGCCACAUUAUUUAGAGAAGGACAACAAUGACACAAAAGGGAGUUUGAAUAAGCUGAAAUCCCUCAUCCCUAAUUCAUGGGGAAGCAUGACGUGGAAGUGGGGAAAAGACGGUGCUGAUGACUCCGAAGCCAGCAGUGGGCCGAUCAAGAUCCUCCCUAAUGGAACCAGGGUGAGCCCUCCUGUGAGUCCCUUUGUGGAGCGCAGGAAAUGGGACGAGACCCCUGAAAAACCUUUUUUAAAAGAAACUAAUCAAAGCCCAAAUGAGGAUUCCCUACUCACGAGCAUCCAUCCCGCAGAGUACUAUGCCGAGAAGGUGGAGGUUUACAACCAAAAGUAUUCUUACUUGAAGUCAUGGCCAGGCCUGCUGCGACUUCUCGCUGGCCUUGAGCUUCUGUUCGGGGCUAUGGUGGUCACUUGCGUCAUCAGCUACAUCCACAAAGACAGCGAAUGGUCCAACACGUACGGGUUGUAUAACGGCGUCUACAACAACGGAAUGGGCCUGUCGGGAUACAGCUACAGUGGACCUUUGACUCCCUUUGUCGUGUCGGUGGCAGGAGUGUGUUGGGUCAUGACAAUGAUCCUCUUGGUGUUGGGAAUGACCAUGUAUUAUCGCACCAUCCUCCUCGAUGCGCCCUGGUGGCCUCUGACUGAAGCCUUGAUCAACGUAACACUGUUCCUACUCUAUAUGGCGGCAGCCAUAGUUUACAUGAACGACUUGAACCGCGGGGGGCUGUGCUACAUGACCGUCGGUAUUAACCCCAUCUUGGCAGGUCUGUGUCGAGUCGAAGGGGGCCAGAUGGCGGGAACUGCUUUCAUUUUCAUCAACAUGACCAUGUAUCUGGGAAGUUUUCUGGUCUGUCUGAAGAUGUGGCGGCACGAGGCCAGACGGAGAGAGAAGGUGGAAUUUGAGGACAAGGCAAUGAAUCUAGGGGAGAACCUCCUGGCCCCACCAAAAGCAAAACACAUUUCAUUCAAGACUGAAAGCAACACGAGAGGAAACAAAGGUCAAAACAAGCAGCAGGUGCUCACCUCUGACUUCCAGAGAAGCCCCGACUGUCAGAACAAAGCCGCGGCGCCUGGCUGCAUCCCCAAAGUGCACAUCAUUGCAGACUAUGUCAUGAAGUACCCAGAGAUCAGCUGUGUGGAAGAAAGGGAAAAAUACAAAGCUGUGUUCAAUGAUCAGUAUCAGGAGUACGAAGAGCUUUACAAAGAGAUCAGUGCCACCCUGAGUAAGUUCAGUGAGCUGGAUGCUGUCAUGGCACGACUCAUCACAGAUGGAAAAAGCAGAGAGAACCGAGACAGGAUUCAAAAUAUCGUAAAGCUGUAUGAGCAGAAAAAAAGCGAUCCUACUUUUUUGGAGAAAAAGCAACGUUGUGGCUACUUGAAAGCCAAACUGAGUCACGUCAAAAACAGAAUCCGUGCUUUUGACCAAGAGACAUCUGGAUUGAACAAAUAACACUUCGUUUUAUUUUAUUAUUGUGAAUACAGAAUGAUACAUUCAUGCGAUGACUUAUGACUUUUGAGAUAUAAUUUAUGAGAAUGUACAGGAUUUUGCUUUAUGUUUUU